AUGGCGGGCGCGGGGCGGCUGGAGGAGCUGGACCUCAGCGCCGAGGAGGUGGAGCGGCUCCGCCGGGCCUUCCGCGACGAGCGCUUCCGGCAGCUGCUCUCCGAGUACGCGGCGGAGCUGGCGGACCCCGCGCAGCGGCGGCUGUACGAGCAGGAGGUGACGGCGCUGGAGCGCGAGCGCGGCGUGGCCGUGCAGUUCAUCCACCCCACGGCGGGCUACGUGCUGCGCACCAGCCAGGACGGCGCCCGCCGCUGCUACCUCAACGUGUGCAGCAACGCGCACGUGGGCGCGCCCGAGCCCCGCGCCGAGCGCGGCGGGCUCCGCUGGGCGCUGCCCUACUGCCUGGCGCCGGGCCGCGAGGAGCUGGGCCGCGGCGGGCGCCGCCUCCUGCUCUACGACGUGGUCUUCCACCCGGCCGCGCUGCGCAUGGCCGCGCGCAGCGCCCGCUUCCGCCGCCUGCUCAGCGACACGGCGCUCGAGGCCGUGGAGCGCCGCUUCGCCGUGCGCCUCGACCGCGCCAACGCCGCCGUGCUGCGCGGCGCCRCCUACAAGGGCGUCCCGCAGGCGCCCGUCAUCCGCAGCCCGCUGCCCGGCGGGGCCCCGCCGCCGCCCGACGGCGCCUCCGCGCUGCCGCCCUUCCCCUACCCGCCGCCGCCGCCCGCGGAGCCCCCGGCCCCGCCGCCGCCGCCCGCGGAGCCCCCGGCCGCCGCCGGCGCCCCCACGACGCCGCGCUGGAGCCUGCGGCAGCGCAGCUACGUGGAGCUGCAGGACUACCGGUGCAGCCGCGACGCGGCGCCCAGCCCCGUGCCSCGCGAGCUGGUGCUCAGCGUGGAGCUGCCGCUGCUGCGCUCGGCGGCGCGCGUGCAGCUGGAGGUGCGCGGCCGCGAGCUGCGCCUCGACUCGCGCCGCCCCGCCUACCGGCUGCGCCUGCGCCUGCCCUACGCCGUGGACGAGGCCGCGGGGCGCGCCGCCUUCCGCGCCGACACGCGGCAGCUGCUCGUCACGCUGCCCGUGGUGCCGCGGCCCGCGCCGCGCCCGCCCCGCGCCGAGCCGGCGGCGGCGGAGGAGGCCGAGGCGGGCGGCGCGGAGCCCCCCCCGGGCCCCGACGAGGAGCCCCCAGCGGCCGCCGGGAGGCCCGUCCCGGAGCCGCCCCCCGCAGCCAUGGCCCCGGCCCUGUGCCCGCCCUUCCAGUGCCGCCAGGACGAGGCCUCGGUCACGCUGCUGCUGCAGGUGCCCGGCAUCCAGCCCGGCAGCCUGCGCGGGGACCUGGGUGCCCAUCACUACCGACUGUGCUUCCGCAGCGGCGCCGCCGCCUACGCGCUCGCCCUCCAGUGCUGCCCGUCCAACGCGUUGGCUUCUGCAGAGCCCCACGUGGACGUGUCGGCCCGCAACGCCACCGUCACCCUGGCCAAAGCCCCCGACAGCACCGGGCCAUGGGAGAAGCUGCUCUUCGGCCUCGACGCCGAUGCCGCGCUGCAGGAGAGAUGGUUUGUCAGCGAGGACAACAUCGAUGGGUUUCUAGACACUGUUUUAUGCCCUUCCUCGUGCCAGCAGCCAGUGCCCGAGAGCCAGCCGUUAAUUGAAGUGCUUGACGUUGCUGAGGACAAAAGUCACAUCAGGCUGCAGCCUCAGGAGGCAGCUCCCUCUGAGCCAGGUGACAAAGAACAACCGGAUAACAGCCCUGAAAGAGAUCCUGCCAAAGAGCCAAAGGGCACCGAGCUCCAAACAGAG